GUUCAGAAUCUGGUAACACUGCAGGAAACGACACGGCAGCAAAAUAAAUAUCAGUUCACUUUAUUGAAAAUUCUUGGUCAAAUACUCAUAAAUACACAAUGGACAAGGUUGUGAAAUUCGCGGAACCCGGACGCGCCUUCGCCAAGGACUCGAUCCGCCUGGUAAAACGCUGCACGAAGCCCGACCGCAAGGAGUUCCAGAAAAUCGCCAUCGCCACCGCCGUGGGCUUCGCCAUCAUGGGCUUCAUCGGGUUCUUCGUCAAACUGAUCCACAUUCCCAUCAACAACAUCAUCGUGGGAUCCUAGAGAGCGGCAGGUGGCCCCGGGAACGGAAAGAGAUUACAUGUAAUUAACGAUUCCACGCGGAUCUUUAGCGAAAUAAAAAGCCCCCUCUUCGGAUUAUACACACACAAUA